GCCUAUAAAAACGGCGCGCCCCCGAGGGCCUGACACUGACGACCGACCGACCGACCGUGGCCAUGGCGCCCCCGAGCCUCUCGCGGGCUCUGGGCCUGGGCCUGCUCGCGCUCUGCCUCCUGGUGCUGCCCGGUGACGCCCGUGCCCGCCGGGCGGAACGCAGAGUCGGAGAACGCCAGAACCUGUCACUCAGUGACCCGCAGGUGCAGAAGGCAGCGCAGGCGGCGGUGGCCAGCUACAACAUGGGCAGCAACAGCCUCUACUACUUCCGCGACACCAGGAUCCUCAAGGCCCAGAGUCAGCUGGUGGCCGGCAUCAAGUACUACCUGACCCUGGAGAUGGGGAGCACAGCCUGCCGGAAGAACGUGGCCACCGGAGAUGGCGUAGAUGUCACUACCUGCCCCCUGGCCACAGGCGUGCAGGAGGAGAAACUGCUCUGUGACUUCGAGAUCCUGGUGGUCCCCUGGCAGAAUUCCUCCCAACUUCUAAAGCAUAACUGUGUGACCAUAACCUAGACCCCUUCAGGCAUGGGCACCGGAGGGAGCAGGUGCAGCGCGGAAGGCACACAUCCAUGGAUGUAUCUGUCACAAUAAAGCGCUGCCGGCUUCUCACAUUGGACUCUCCUGAGUGCUUCACUCCCCGCUGCCCAGCACUCAGAGUUCGCAGCCUGUGAGAAUCCCAUACCCUCACGUGGGCCAGAGAUGGCAGAGUCCCCACAGGCCAUGAGACCUUGAGGGCAGGGACAGCGGCUUUCAAGUAUACACUGUGAGCUAUACGCCAGAGGGACUCCCCAGUGCUUUGCCCCAGGCAAGACUCCUGGAAGGGGACGGACAGGAAGCCCCAAGGGGACCGAGGUCACAUCUGCCCACAGGAGGGAUGAGGGGACAGAUGCAAUUUGAUGUCGUUUAAAGAAAACGGAACUGCAACAUUUUAUGCACAACUGCAUAUGUGUGUACCAUUCGUCCUCACUAUAUACACACAUACACACACACAAACCACAAUACACACUUGGAUGCUCCAGAAACACAGGUGCACACAGAAGUAA